CACCCCUGCCGCAUCCCCAGCCCGGCCGUGUCCCGCCUCGGGCGGGACGGCGGCGCCCCAGCCCUGGUGUGCCUCGGGCUUUGCGAGGUAGGGUCUCGGGGAAGUAGCAGGGGCAGAGGUCUCGCCAGCCCAAAGCCCGGAGACACUUCAGGGUUGGUAGGCUGGGAGGAGGCCUCAGAGGACAAGACCCCACCCACCUCUGCAGAAAACCCAUUCCCGCCCCUCUUUGCCUCAGUUUCCCUCUAGGGGAAAGGAUGCACUUAAUCUCAACUGGGGAACUGGUGGUCGGCUCAGAAACAGUGUGCGGUGGGGGCGGGGGAAGUUGGCCUGAUUUCUCUGGCCUCACCCCCCAAGACAGCGUCCCUUCCGCCUGAGCUACGCUGGACGCUGCAGUGCGCGGGUCCGGGGGUCUGGGAAGGAGAACUGAGAGAGGCCCCAUAAAUACGAGAGAUUCCACCCAUCUUCGGGCCCUCGUGGCUGUCACCGCUCGCCUCCUCGCCGCAGCCUCCACCCCUCGGACCCAGUAGCUCCGUCCUCUUCCCUCUCCCUUCUCACGGAGCUCCUCCCCCAUCCCGCCUAAGGACAGCUCCCCAGCAGUUCCUUGGCAACCCUGGUCCUGGGCUCUCAGCAUCCUCUCCCACCCUCCCCCAGACCGCCAGUCCGCCUCCCGGCAACCCUAAAAGGAGGGGGAGGGACCCGGUCGAGGGGGAGGCAGCGUCAAGGUCACCUUCCCGCUCCGAUGCCAGCAGGAUCGGGUGAUGUAUAUUUGGAGGAGAGGGACAGUGAGCUGCACGAGAGGAGGAGCUAACCCUGGCCUAUAAUCCCUGAGCUCCCUCCCCGCCCCGUCCCCUAGGAUCUUCGGUUAAUGGUCUUUGCACUGAUGCCCACCGCCCCGCCGGCCGGGAUGAGGAAGCUGAAAUCUCCUGGGGCGGUGCCCGCUCUGGCCACACCUUCUGCAGAGCCCCACCCCUCCCCCUCCCCUAUUCCCUCGAGCGCCGGCUCUUCACCUCACCACUCGCCCUCUUCUUUCUGUCUUUGGCUUUUGAUCUCUGCCUUUCCCCAUUGUAUGUCAGUGGGGGUGGGGGGUGUUGUCUCUUACCCCUUUUCCCUUCUUUCCCCUGAGUUUUGGGUGAGGGCUGUGGAGAGCUGUGAUUUAUAGACAGGCUUUAACGCAGCACUUCUGUGUGCUGGUGUGGGUCCAUAGAACCACCUCCAACACACACUGUGGCUGUGUGUGUGUGUGUGUGUGUGUGUGUGUGUGUGGUGUGUCUGAGUGUCUGUGUCUUUGUGCUGUGUGUCUAGCUCUGUGUGUCUCUGUGUGGUAUAUGUGUGCCUGUCUGUAUAUGUCUGUGGUGUUGUGUGUGUGUAUGUGCAUCUAUCCGUGUAUGUCUCUGGUGUGUGUGUGUGUUUCUCUGUGCUGUGUGUUUGUGUGCUGGUGAGUCUUUCUCCACAGGGAUUUGAGGAUCACAUCUGGAAAUGAGAGGGGACUAGAAAUUUGUCUUAUCCUUCAGUGGACCCAGGAUGCCAAGCUGCGAGCGUCCCUGUGGCUGCAGACGAGGCCCCAACGUGGAAGAUGGCAAGUGGUAUGGGGUCCGCUCCUAUCUGCACCUCUUCUACGAGGACUGUGCAGGUACCCCCCUCAGCGAUGACCCUGAGGGGCCUCCUGUACUGUGCCGUCACCGACGUUGGCCCUCACUGUGCUGGAAGAUCAGCUUAUCCUCAGGUACCCUGCUUCUGCUACUGGGUUUGGCAGCCCUGACCACUGGCUAUGCAGUGCCCCCCAAGUUGGAGGGCAUCGGAGAGGGCGAGUUCCUGGUGUUGGAUCAGCGGGCAGCCGACUACAACAAGGCCCUGGGCACCUGCCGCCUGGCAGGCACAGUGCUCUGCGGGGCAGCCGGGAUCUUGCUGGCCAUCUGCAUGUUCUGGGCCACGACUGGCUGGCUGAGCCAGGACCCCAAGGCAGAACCCUUGGACACUGAAACCGAUGGCCACAUGGAGGUCUUCGGGGAUGAGCUGGAGCAGCAGUUGUCCCCCAUUUUCCAUGAUGCCAGUGGCCGGUCUUGGUUCUCACCACCCGCCAGCCACUUUGGGCAAUCCUCUGUGCAGACCAUCCAGCCCAAGAGGGACUUUUGAGCCGCCCUCACGGCCAGAGGAGGAGCCAGGCCUGGGGUCUGGACCCUUCCUCCGCCCCACCGCAUCCCACCUUCCCAUUGUCUCCCUAACUUCUCCCUUUCAAUGGGGCUCCUUCCAUCUAAGCCCCCAGAAAGCCCAACUCCAGGUCAGAAAGUCUGGAGCUCACAUCUCUGUGUCCCCUUCCCAGGGGUAGGGCCCUAAGUCCUCCAAGAUGCCAGCCUUCCCCGAGUCACCCCAAAACUUCCCACCCAUUCCUCCUUUCCAAAACCAUUCAGGGGCAGAAAACUCCCUCAACCUAUGCCCACUCUUUCCUCUGUAUGACUUUGGGCAAACCCCUUACCCUUUCAGACCAUCAGUUCCUGCCUCUGCACUAAUGAAGGGUUUGGACCAGAUUCUAGAGUUCCAUGACUUUCUUUUUCUCCCCAGGAUAUAAGUAUGGUAAUAGGCAUAUCUUUGCCUAUGCCUUUGGUAAUAGGCAUAUCUUUGCCUUUCCAUAGGCAAAGAUAAGGGGAGGGGUAGUGGGGUCAUUCUUAUCCACUGACCCCUCCCUCUGUCAGCUGCACCAGGAGGCCUCAGGAUGGGUCCAAGAUGCUCACUUGGACCAGGAUGGUGCAAAAACAUUUCCUCCUUACAGUGUGUUUUCUAUACAUCUUGACAUCAGAGCCCCCAGUCCACCCCAUCCUGAACGAUUACUAACCCCAGUUUACAGAUGAGGUGGCGGAGGGAGGCUGACAGUCUGCAGGAACUCGGACCCACGUCUGUAGACUCCUGGAACAGAUCUUGUUCCACAGUGGGAGCAGGACCCCACACCUUCCUGGCUUCCAGGGGACCCGCAGGGGUGGCACAGGUUCGGCCCAGAGAGACUAGCUGAUGCCUAAUGGACCCAGGUGGCUCAGAAGAUACUUUGGACAUGCAUUUAAAUGGUCUCUAAGAGCCAGGGGGCAGGAGUACUGGGAUGUAUUUGCCCCUCCGAGUCCACCCACCUAGAAACCAUCACCCACAGGUCCUGACCUCACCCUGUACAAAUGUGCCCUCCUGGAGGCACCAACCCCUCCAUCCUUCAGGCUCCCCAGCCAGAUGCAUCAUCUCUGUUCUCUACCACUAGGGGGAGCUCCAAGACAGCUGGAGAGAGAUGCCCAAGGCUCAUGCCUCUACCCUCCCCCUUUAGUCCCAAGGUGGUGGUGGGGGGGCAGCCCUCCUGGGAGGGUCCUCAGUCCUCCUCCACAAAGCAGGCCCUACUGCCCCUCCCCAUUCUGCACCCUUCCACCGCCCCGCCCCCACCCCUUGCCUUUCAAUAAACAGCUGGGAUGGA